ACAGAGGGCAGAAACGUACCAACAUACAAUGUUAGCUUACCCUGAUACAGCGAAAGGAUCGAAGAAGAAAUGGAAACGAUGCUGCUGCUGCUGCUAACAACUGUCCUUCGAUAAUACCAACAACCUAACACUGUCAUGUUUAACAUUGGUUAAGCAGUUCACAGGCAGUGUGAGUGGACCAUAAGCAGCUCUCCUGUCAAACCUAAAGGAGGUGACGCCAGAGCCAUGGCGGCUGCACAGUCGGCUGUAACUUUUGCAGUGUGCAUCCUCAUGAUAACAGAGCUCAUACUUGCCAAGAAAGACUACUAUGAUAUACUAGGAGUGCCUAAAGAUGCCACCGAGCGACAGAUAAAAAAGGCUUUCCACAAGCUUGCAAUGAAAUAUCACCCUGAUAAGAACAAGAGUCCGGACGCUGAAGGGAGAUUCAGGGAAAUUGCUGAAGCUUAUGAAACUUUAUCAGACGAAACCAGAAGAAGAGAAUAUAACCAGUUUGGUGACACCUCUGCACACUUCACUGGGGAGACUCAAGGCAGACAUAGACAUGGUGCUCACCAACCUUUCAGCUUCAGCUUUGAUGACAUAUUCAAGGACUUUGACAUCUCCAGCCAAAACAGGCAUGCCCGUCACCGAAGACACUUUGAAGAACACUCCAGGUCACACAAGGAGCCACACAGCAGACACAAGAGACACUUUCAAGGAGGUUUUGGAGCAGGUAUCUUUGAUGACAUGUUUGAAGACAUAGAGCGAAUGUUUACUUUUGACAGACACACCAAACAGACUGAAAACAGGUUUCAUGGUGCGUCAAAACAACACUGUAGAACGGUGACACAACGCAGGGGAAAUAUGGUAACCACCUACACAGACUGCACUGCACCUUAAGAUGCAACGUAAAGCGACUUAAGACUUAAAAUUGCCUUAAGGGGAUACAAUACUGUUGUAUUGAUUAGGUAACUGAAAGCCACUUGGUUCAAAUGCUGUGAAAUUUGAACUGUGAUUUUGAGAACUGACAUUCAGGCAGAGAAUGACAAGCACUGACUACACAGUUCACUCAGCUUAGGUCUAAAUUCAAAUAAGCUAUGUUUUAUUCAAGCUAUUCCCUGUGUUUUCUCAUUGACUUGUACAGGAUUGUAGUAGUUUUUCGCUUCUUGUUGAAGGAAGCUGGUAGAGUAUUUUUUUUCAGUAUUUUUUUCAAGCACCUUCUUUUCAUAGUUGAAUUUGAAACCAUUGUUAAUUUUACUGAUUUAAGAAAUAAAACAGACCUGGCACACAAAUGCCUGUGCCGGUUCACCACUAAUUCACCUACCGCUCUGUUUGUGCGCAGUUUUUAGUUUUUCCUUUGUAUAGGUUUUGCUAUUGUGAGUCUCAAAUCACAGCUAAAGGCAGAGACAAUAGCAUCCAGUGGAGUUUUGCUUAUGGUUGUCAAAUGGGGAGCAAUGUCAACAAAAACCUGGGACCCUGCACAUGUUGAGGUGCUCAAUGUAAAUUUUUGGGUUUGUACUACAUCUUGUUGUAAUAUGUGUACUCUACAGUGCCAGCCUCACUUUUAAACGCCAUAUAUUUUAAUGUUUGUGGUGAAAUCUCAAGCAUUGUUUAUUAAAGAAUUGUAAAUACCCCUAAAUUAUAAAAUAUAAUCAGGGAAGAGGUAAGCGUGAAUGUAGAAAUGUCUAUGACUCAGAUUUUAAUGGAAGUGGCCUAAAAAGACCUGCACUAAUUUCAACCAAGUGUGAAGAUUAUAAUGUAUUUUGCUAAGACUGUUUCAGAGAGUUUUUGAUUCAACUUAUAUGUAAUUUUCGAGGCUGUACUUUGUCGUGUUGGGUUGGAUUAUACUCUUAAAGUAUUGGCUACACCUUUACAAUAUAACACAGUCCAAAAGAAAAGAACCACAAACACUGCCACCUCAAAAAUAAACAGAGUUAAAUCAUACUUAUCUGAAAACUGACGAAGUUUCACACAAAUAUUGCAGGAUUAUUACUACUGGAUUGCAUUAUGCUUUGCAGUUGUGUUAUUUUGUUAAACCUCAUAUAUUGUCAUUAUUUUCCAAGGCUAUUUUUUUUAAUGAGGGUUUUGUUAGAGUUUGAUAGAACUGUAGAUUGGUCACAUAUACUGUGACCUCUGUUGAGCUCCGUUAUCUUAUGCUGUUCUUACAACUUGGAUAUCAAAAUGCCGAUUCUUAGAAAUUUUCACUGCUAAAAAUCACCCUCAUAAGACACAAGUUUGUGACAGUGUUGCAGGUAUUUACAUUAAUUUGUGUACCUCAGAGUGUCAUAAGUUAUCUAUAUCAAGGCCACCUUUUAGUAUAACGAAAAGUCACAGGUUUAAAUUCUACCUUUUUAAGCAAACUGCUCUUUACUUUUUAAAUGUCGGAUAUUUAAUAUGGAUUUACAGUUUCAUAACAUGAAAUUUGAACCACAAUUCCUGAAAUAUAGGUAUUGCAAAACUUUUGACUGACAUGUAAUUUAACUGGCAGUGGAACACUUGAACCAUAAGCUCCAGUAUGUACUAGGGGGUUUUAUGACUCCUAAUUCUACUAGUCAGCAGAUUUUGUAUUAAACAAAAAUGGUAAGACAACCAUUCCUUUGCAGCAUGUUGAAUACAGCUGCCCAUUUUAAUUGCAACUGGCAUUUUGCAGUGUAAAAUAUAGCGUUCAUAUUUUUGGAUUAAGAUCAAGUGUAAGAACACUGCAGUACAAAGGUGAAGAAAUAAUUAUAUAUAUAUAUAUGUACAAACAAGCAUUGGUGUUCUGCAAUUGACUAGUUAGUGAAACACUCAGUACAUACUGUAGAAGAUGAAACUUUUGCAAGCAUUCCAUGUGUUACCUCAUUCCUGUAAACUAGGUACAGUGAUGUGCUCCUUUGAACUUGUGUUGUGCAAUGUGUAUUUCCUAUAUUGGGACUGUUGUAAAAAAAAAAAAAAAAUCCAAUAGCACUUUCAAUUUUGUAUAAAUUUCCUGAUAUGUGUGUUGUUAUUAAAGAAUGUGUUUGGAGAAAGAAAAUGUAGGGAACAAAUUUAAAUUCUUUCUCUUAGCUUCUUUUUUAUGUUAUAUAAGAGUGAGAAUGUUGUGUUCAUUAACAUUUUUGACAAGAGAAUUAGCAAAAAUAAAUAAAAUUUA